AGCUGCCGGGGCAGCAGUCUGUGCCUUUCCCCUCCAGCUGAGGAACAGGAGGGUGGGAUCCUCUCUGGAGCAUAUUUAUCCCCCCCAAAAUCAACUUUUUUCCUUCCCCGCCAAAUCACCUGCCACAACUCUGUGCUUUAGAAGAUGCUUCUCACUUUAAUCCUCCUGCAGGGUUUUUCCCACGCCCUGGCUGCAAAUCAUGGUUCCCACUGGACAUAUAAAGGCCCCCACGGCCAGGUGCACUGGUCAGAUGACCACCUGGACUGUGGGGGGCAGGCGCAGUCCCCCAUUGAUAUCCAGACCAAGUCCGUGAGGCACAACCCGGCCCUGCCGCCUAUUGAGCCCCAGGGAUACCGGAGCCCUGGGGACGGGGCCUUCACCCUCCUCAACAACGGGCACACAGUGGAGAUGUCCCUGCCCCCGUCCAUGUCCCUCCGGGGGCUUCCGCAGACCUAUGUGGCCGUCCAGCUGCACUUCCACUGGGGCAGCCGGGGGCAGGCCGGCGGGUCGGAGCAUCAGGUGAACGGGGAGACUUUCCCUGCCGAGCUACACAUUGUGCAUUACAACUCGGAGAGCUACGCCAACGUCAGCGAGGCCAAGCAGCGGGUGGAUGGCCUGGCCGUGCUGGGCAUCCUCAUCGAGGUCGGCAACGUGGCCAACCCUGCCUAUGACAACAUCCUCGAUCGGCUGAAGAACAUCCAGCAUGCAGGGCAGAAAAUCUCCAUCCCGCCCUUCGACAUUCAUGAGCUGCUUCCCGGGCAGCUGGGCCACUAUUUCCGCUAUAACGGCUCCCUGACCACGCCGCCCUGUUCCCAGAAUGUGCUCUGGACCGUCUUCCGCCAGCGGGCGCGGAUUUCUGCCUCCCAGCUGGAGAGGCUGCAGGGGGGGCUGUACUCCACCAAAGUUGCAAACUCCUUGCCUGUGCCUCUGGUGGACAAUUAUCGAGCCCCACAGCUGCUGAACCAGAGGGUGGUGUUCUCCUCCUUCCCCGUGGGUCCCUCAGCCUACUCUGCAGGUGAAAUCGUUGCCAUCGUUUUUGGGACCCUCUUCGGCUGCCUCAGCAUCUUUCUCACCAUCCACUUUGUGGUGAAGAGAAUACGAAUGAAGAGGAUCCGGGAGCAAAAGGACGUCGUGUUCAAAUCCUCUUCCAGACGUGCAGUGUCAGGCAACAGCCACCGCCCCUGAAUCCCGUGCCUUGCCCCUACUCCCCUGCCUCAGCCCCCGUGGGGCAGUGACACGGACACCUCAGGGGCCGGCAAGCCUGGAGACGUGCCAGGCAGUCUAGCUGUAGGAGUAACGCCCAUGCAGCCCCAGUAGGUUCCCCUUAGGGGGUUACCUCCCCCCAGCCUGGGGAGGGCACACAGAGCCACCUCCCCCCAGGCCCUGGGGCCAAUCCUGCCUGAGGCUGGGAGUGACUCACAGCUGUUCCCAUCGGCUAGCUGCUGGGUGGCAUCUGUUAGACAAGUCAGUGGGUCUCAGCCCAGUCCCCAGUCGAACACAUGCCCCCGUCACACAAACCCACCAGCAGGGCUGGUACUAACCGGACCCCUUGCCAGCAGCCCAGGGGUCUUGCAUACUAACCCUCCCCCUAGUGUACCUCUGCGUCAAGGCCAAGGCCCAUGAGCAGGGCAGUGGGGGUCAGGGGAGGGGAAGUUUGCUGUGCUGCUUACCUGGGCUGUUCCUGCUCUGUGGUUAAAUUGGGUGUCAACUGUACACCUCUUGCCUGCAGUGAAACCCCCAGUGUAGUUUGGCAAAUCAGCAGAAGAGUGUGAGGACAUGGUGCAUGACACACUGCCACUCUCCCUGAGGCUGCCGUGUUGCCAUGCAGAGCGGGGGUGGUGCAUGGCACAAGGACACCGUCUUCCCUGACACUACAGCUCACGGAUCUAAGCUCCCCAGGCCGAGGGGACCCUCCCCUCCGGUCACUGUCUUCCACGAAGGCCUGGUUGCCUUUCCGCAGCGUUGAGGCAGGCUAGACAGCUCCACGCUGCAAGAGCGAAUCCAGCAGCCCUGGCCCUGUGCCACUCCCAUCCAUGUCCCUGCCUUCGGGCUGUCAAUGCACAGGGGAGAGGUAGCAUCUCUGGGGCUUUGCAGGCUGCUAGGGAACGCAGCAGUUCGGGGAAGGCAGGGUUGUUCUCCAGAGGCUGGUCUGGACACAAUGGUUCUAACUGGAAAUAAAAUGCCUUCUCAGGCCUACCACUGAAGAGCCCCAAUUCGCUUUGCUCCGCUGGGAUUCAGGGCCAGCUCCUCAGCGAGACGAGCGUAGUCCGCUGCGCCCAGUUCUCCACCGCUGCACACCGCAGUGUGAACUCAGGCCCUGAUCCUCAAAUUGAGGGUCCUAAAUUCUACUGAUUUCAAAGGCCGCUGGGAGCCUAACUCCCUUUAAGGACCUAGGCUAUCUCCCUAACCACUGGACCAUCCUUCCUGGAGGCAGCUGUCCCUAAACAGCCAUUUGGAAGGUGCCCGCGUUCCUAGGAAUGGGAUGCAAGCAUCUCUGAGCAUCAGGGCUUGUCUACACACGAAAGUUAAUCUGGAACAAGGGCGGGUGUGAAUUGAAAGCAGAUUAACUAUUCCCGGGUUAACUCCGUGUGGGGAUGCCCUUAAACCAGAAUAAGAGUGCCGUAUUCUGAAUUGGCUUAAUCCAAAAUGGAUUCUGUUCUGGAAUUACUCCCCCCAUAGACAAGCCCUGGCAGAGACCUGAAUUGGAAUAUUUUGCCAGAUUUUAUUUUAUCCUUUUACAAAGAAAUUUGGCAGCAACGUUUGCAGCCCCUGUUGUUCUUCACGCAGGCCCAGAAUUAACCUGUUUCCCCUCCGGCAGGGAAGAGACUCAUCAAAAGCAAAUGGAUCCUGAACAAAAUGCUCCGGUAUGAAAACCUUUGUUAAAAAAUAAAAGCAAGUGACCGUGUUCCUUGAAAUUCCAGCACCAUCUUCUCCGAGAAAAGGAUCUGGAAGAGUGUGCGCAGUUCUGGUCUCCCACGUUUAAGAAAGAUGAAUUCAAACUGGAAUGGGUGCUGAGAAGGGCGAAUAGGAUGAUCCGAGGAAUGGAAAACCUACCUUAGGAGAGGAGUAGCUGCAACUGGUUAGAACAGAAUUCAGGGAAAUAGAGCCAGGACUCCUUGGUUCUAGCUAUCAGAUUGCUGGUUAGACGAUAGUGUCAGGACUCCUGGGUUCUAUUCAUGGCUCCUCCAUGGUCUUGCUUUGUGAACCUGGCCAAGUCGCUCCAGCUAUUGCUGUCAGAGCUUCCCCCUCUCUAAGAAAAGGGUUAAAACUAACCCACAUCUCAGUUUUCAUCCCUUAAAGCUGCAAGGUGCUUAGAGAUCCUCGGGGAGGGAGGAGGAAUUACUCCCUUUUCAGCAUACGGGGAAGUCUCUCCUCUCCCUGCCCCGGCUUCCCAGCCGCUCCACAGCCAGGCAUGCCUAUUUACCUAUUGUCCCUGCCUAUUU